CGGACGCGCCAAAAAGAAUAGAGAGGGAGACUGGACAGUUCCUUGAGGUGAUUUUGGGGUAACUGCUCCCCGACUCUUUCCCGAGGCCGCGGUGGAAAAACUGCUGCUGUGAUUGAAGGGAUCCGGCCUUGCGCAGGGACGUCUAAGGCUAAAGAAAAUCUUAAGACCUGACAGGGAUGGCCUGAGGAGCUGGAGGCUCUUCUUAGCCCUUUGUGCUUCCCCCCGGGAGGGAGGGAGAAUCAGGCCAUUGGGAUUAGCACAUACCCCGGAGUCGUGAACUGGGAGAGCCUGGGAACCCCCGUCCCAUGCAAAAGACAUGAGUGGCGAGUGCAGAGGAAGAGGAUUUGGACAGGGAAGAUUUCAAAGCUGGAGAAGAGGAAGAGGUGGUGGGAACUUUUCAGGAAAAUGGAGGGGAAGAGAACACAGACCUAACCUGAGUAAAGCCAUGGGAAAAAAUAGUUCUGAACAAACCCCACAACCUUUGCUACUACAGUCAACAUUGGAUCAAUUCAUACCAUAUAAAGGCUGGAAACUUUAUUUCUCUGAAGUUUACAGUGAUAACUCUCCUUUUAUUGAGAAGAUUCAAGCAUUUGAAAAAUUUUUCAUAAGGCAUAUUGAAUUAUAUGAUAAGGAUGAAAUAGAAAGAAAGGGAAGUAUUUUGGUGGAUUUUAAAGAAUUGACAAAAGGUGACGAAAUAACUAAUUUGAUACCAAAUAUAGCGAAUGAACUAAGGGAUGCACCUGAGAAAAUCUUGGCUUGCAUGGGUCUGGCAAUACAUCAGGUAUUAACUAAGGACCUUGAAAGGCAUGCAGCUGAAUUACAAGCCCAAGAAGGAUUGUCUAGUGAUGGGGAAACAAUGGUAGAUGUGCCACAUAUUUAUGCAAGGAUAUACAACUAUGAGCCCUUGACACAUCUCAAGAAUGUCCGAGCAAAUUACUAUGGAAAAUACAUUGCUUUAAGAGGGACAGUGGUUCGUGUCAGUAAUAUAAAGCCUCUUUGCACCAAGAUGGCUUUUCUUUGUGCUGCAUGUGGAGAGGUUCAGAGUUUUCCUCUUCCAGAUGGAAAAUACAAUCUUCCCACAAAGUGUCCUGUGCCUGCAUGUCGAGGGAAGUCUUUUGCUGCUCUCCGUAGUUCUCCUCUCACAGUAACAAUGGACUGGCAGUCAAUCAAAAUCCAGGAGCUUAUGUCUGAUGCUCAGCGAGAAGCAGGUCGAAUUCCACGAACAAUAGAAUGUGAACUUGUUCAUGACCUUGUGGAUAGCUGUGUACCAGGAGACACAGUGACUGUUACUGGAAUUGUCAAAGUCUCAAAUGCUGAUGAAGGUUCUCGAAACAAGAAUGACAAGUGCAUGUUCCUUUUGUACAUUGAAGCAAAUUCUGUUAGCAAUAGCAAAGGACAGAAAACAAAGACUGAGGAUGGUUGUAAGCAUGGAACAUUGAUGGAGUUCUCACUUAAAGACCUUUAUGCUAUCCAAGAGAUUCAAGCUGAAGAAAACCUGUUUAAACUUAUUGUCAACUCACUUUGCCCAGUCAUUUUUGGUCAUGAACUUGUUAAAGCAGCUUUGGCAUUGGCACUCUUUGGAGGUAGCCAGAAAUAUGCAGAUGACAAAAACAGAAUUCCAAUUCGAGGAGACCCACAUGUCCUUGUUGUUGGGGAUCCAGGCUUGGGAAAAAGUCAGAUGCUACAGGCAGUAUGCAACGUUGCACCACGUGGUGUGUAUGUCUGUGGUAACACUACGACCACCUCUGGUCUGACUGUAACCCUUUCAAAAGAUAGUUCCUCCGGUGAUUUUGCUUUGGAAGCUGGGGCUCUGGUACUUGGUGAUCAAGGCAUUUGUGGAAUAGAUGAAUUUGAUAAGAUGGGAAACCAACAUCAAGCCUUGUUAGAAGCCAUGGAACAGCAAAGUAUUAGCCUUGCUAAGGCUGGUGUGGUUUGUAGCCUUCCUGCAAGAACUUCCAUUAUUGCUGCUGCAAAUCCAGUUGGGGGACACUACAAUAAAGCGAAAACAGUUUCUGAGAAUUUGAAAAUGGGGAGUGCCCUACUAUCCAGAUUUGAUUUGGUCUUUAUCCUGUUAGAUACUCCAAAUGAGCAGCACGAUCACUUACUCUCUGAACAUGUAAUUGCAAUAAGAGCUGGAAAGCAGAGAACUAUUAGCAGUGCCACAGUAGCUCGUAUGAAUAGUCAAGAUUCAAAUACUUCUGUACUUGAAGUGGUAUCUGAGAAACCAUUAUCAGAAAGACUAAAGUUGGUUCCUGGAGAAACAAUAGAUCCGAUUCCCCACCAGCUAUUGAGAAAGUACAUUGGCUAUGCUCGACAGUAUGUCUGCCCAAAGCUGUCCACAGAAGCUGCUCAAGUUCUUCAAGAUUUCUACCUGGAGCUCCGGAAACAGAGCCAGCGGUUAAAUAGCUCACCAAUCACUACCAGGCAGCUGGAAUCUUUGAUUCGUCUAACAGAGGCACGAGCAAGGUUGGAAUUAAGAGAGGAAGCAACCAAAGAAGAUGCUGAAGAUAUAGUUGAAAUUAUGAAAUAUAGCAUGUUAGGAACUUACUCUGAUGAAUUUGGAAACCUAGAUUUUGAGCGGUCCCAGCAUGGCUCUGGAAUGAGCAACCGGUCAACAGCAAAAAGAUUUAUUUCUGCUCUCAAUAGCAUUGCUGAAAGAACUUACAAUAAUCUGUUUCAAUUUCAUCAACUUCGACAGAUUGCUAAAGAGCUAAACAUUCAGGUUGCUGAUUUUGAAAGCUUUAUUGGGUCACUCAACGACCAAGGUUACCUCUUGAAAAAAGGUCCAAAGAUUUACCAACUUCAAACUACGUAAAGUGGCUUUGCCUUGUCAGGGCCUCUAUUUUAAGCCAUCUCAAAAAUAAAGACUAUGCAAAAACUGUUCUCUGAAAGAUAAUGUCCUAAAAUAAUAGGAAAAAAUGUUAGAUAAUGGUCAACUAAUAUAAGAAGUGAUAAAGUCAUGUGUUAAAAUUCUACAUCUUCUCCAAAAAGCUAAAAAUACAUUACUUACAUUGUUUUAUCUAAAUGAUAUAAAUUAUUUAUAGUUGAAUUUUUGUCAUGUUUAUAUUUGUUUUGCAUAUUAGAUGUUCAUAGGGAAAACAUUCAGAUAAUACCUAAACAAAUGAGCAUGUCCAUGUUCCAAAAAAAAAUUUGUUUUUAACACCAAAAUCUGAAUUUCAUAAAACUUUCCUGUUGAGAAUAUAAAAUAUUCUGAAUUUCUUUUUAACCAUUUAGUAAUUAUAGGUAGUGUAUCUGAUUUGGCCCAUAGGCUAGUUUGUAGACUCUUGGUUGCAAACAAUAGAACUUGACUAAGCAAGAAAAGUUGUUUUGGGGAAGAAUUUUGGUAAGCUAAUAGAAUUGUAAAAAAGUGGAUGACCCAAGAGGAUAAGCUUCCAGAAGCAGUUUGGAAAACCAUGCCUUAGAACUAGCCUGAAAAGGGAACUGAUAACACCCUGCUGCCACACUGGAUGCUGUAUAGGAAUGUGCUACUGCCCCCUUGCCCCAUGGAUGUCACUUACAUGCCAGGAACCUCUGUAGAAAGGCCAAAGAAUACUGCUACCCACACCAGAAUAGUAACAAAGGGAUUCUUCAUGGGUAUCUUAAAUUGCUGAAUUCUAAAGAGAAGUCCUAUCCAGAAACAGUUAAAGAAGGCUUUUCAUAGGAUGCUAGGGAGUUUUCCCAGUUCUACUUCAGGGAGACUGGACCACUAACAUCAGAAUUUUCCACGUUUUGUGAGUGAAUUCAAACUGAACUGCCAUAUAUUCAUGUAUGUAGUCAACAAAUACUUUAAAAUAUAGGCAGUGUAAGCCAUUGUUUGAAAAUCAACUAAAACCCUCAGCAAACCAAAUGAAUGAAAAAAAAUAUAUAGAAGACAAUGAAUAUGUAACCAAAAUAAAACCAAAAAUAUGGGUCUUACAUUAAAUAUUUAACCAAUAAUAAGAUCACAACUAAAAUUAAUGUGGGAGUAUAGCCAUACAACUCAAUGUGAAUAUUAAAAGCUGGAUUUUUGAAAAGGUAGAUUGUAAUGUAAAUAUGUCUUUAAAAGACUAGUGUAGGCUGGGUGCUGUGGUGCAUGCCUACUGUAAUC